GCCAGGUUGUGUAUUUUGUGAAAUGAGCAUCCGUUUCAUUGCAGGUUAGACAAGUGCUGGAUGACUUCGAAUUCGCAACAUUGGCUGGGCGCUGCGACUGUGCGAACGAGUGUGAUCCCAUGGGAGGGCGACCUGCUGUUGACCGAUCCGGGGCCCCUCUACAAGGUGUUUAAACUGGUAGAGAUCGUUCGUAAUUAUGAGGACAAAAGGUACCAGGAUUUCUUAGCUCGCCCCAUCGCAUGAGCUGGUGCUGUGAUCGGCCAACUCUUGGCAGCAAAACAUCCAAUGCUUCAACAAGGACAACAAUCUGCUAAACACCAUUUUCGUCAAUCAUAAUUUACAAAAGCCCAAAGUAUCCACGGCGGAAAUGUUGUUCGGUAUACCGUUGCGCGAUACGGGUGUGAAGCACUAUGCGAUGCGUGUCCGGCCGAUUCACGUAUCCUGCGAGAGAACAAUCCUUACUUCAUCGAAUCGUUGAGGCAGAAACUAAUCUGCGCCUAUCCACUGCACCAGACGGAAACCGAGGCAGCGACCGAUCUUGAGAACGGUGAACGGGCAGAGAAAGUACCACCGUCACCAGCGUCACCGCAAUCCAUCAUGUACCUGUUCUACCCAGGAGAGUUCAACUGGAAAGAGGUGUUGCAUGGCGUUCUGUGUGUUCUUCAGCAGUGUCUUCUCAGUACGCAAAAUCGAAGCCAUCCGUUCCCUGCUCAUGCUCGUUUCCUGUGCGAUGCUGACCGUUCUCGGGAGCGUCAUGGUGUCCCUCGGAUUGUGUUUUUUCGGCCUUACCGUCAGCUUCCAGUCGAAGGGAGCCUAUCCGUAUCUGGUGAUACUGGUCGGGCUGGAAAUCGUACUCGUCAUUACCAAGAGCGUCGACGUAAAGUUUCGGGUGGCGCAGGGCCUCAGCCGGGAGAGGUGGUCGAUCACGAAGAUGCUGACAUGCUGACCAAGAUUACCAUCCUGACGGGCGGCCUGGCAACGUUUGUGCCGGUCAUUCAGGAGUUCAGCAUCUUCGCGAUCGUGGGCCUCUUGUGGGACUUUGUGCUGCAGAUGCGUACUAAUAAUGUAGUAAAUGUAAUGUAGCAAUAAUAUUUUAACCCGGCGAUUGUGCGUUCGUCGCCGGGUAACGAAAUAAUUAUGUAUUUUUAAAAUAAAUG